AUGGACCACCUUCCUGCCUUGCUCGCAUCUUCAUCCGUCCACUCCAUUCAUUCGUAUUGGGUCAGGUUUUCGAAGGCGACAGUGGAGACAACCUGCCAUUCCCACCCCAAUUGGGAACAUGAUAGAAGGGAAGCCGAGAGCAGAGUCCCAGCUUAA